GUAAUCUACACUUUACUAUACCAUUAUGGAAAACAGAGAAGCUUGUUAAAAAUAAAUAUCCAUAAAUCCAUUGUUUAAUAGACAAGAGUGUAGUUUGUGGUUUGAAGCAAGAAUUUUAAAAUCUAAAAAUGACAGAUAACACAGCAAAAGUCCACUUUAGAGUGAUAAGAUUCAUUCAUGAAGCAGGUUUAAGACUACGUUUAAAGUCAGUGCCACUUGCCACAGCUUGUAUUGUUUAUCACAGAUUUUUCAAAGAAUAUACUUUACAACAAUACGAUCCUUAUUUGAUAGCCUCUACAACAUUAUACAUAGCAGGAAAAGUAGAGGAGAAUCAAGUCACUCUUAGAGAUGUAGUCAAUGUUUGUUAUAGAACUUUACACAGAAGUAAGCCUCCAUUAGAAAUGGGGGACAUGUUCUUUGCAUUGAAGGAGACUAUAGCUAAGUGUGAACUAUUUGUCCUGAGAGCAUUACAGUUUAGAGUUGUCUACAACCAUCCACAUAGGUAUCUUCUUCACUAUCUGACAUUUAUAAAAGAGUGGAUGGAACCCUACAAGUGGGAUGAACUACCCCUAGCAAGAACUUCAUGGGCGUUGCUUAGAGACAGUUACCAUAGUACCCUGUGUUUACAAUACAAACCACAACAUAUUGCAGUAGCCAUUUUAUAUAUGACAUUAGAAAGUCAUGGUGCAGACAUACCUUUUGAGGAUACUGCUGUUACACCAUGGUGGAAAGUGUUUGCUGAAGACAUUACAUUAGAUAUAAUCAAACAAAUUGUGGGAGAAUUGAUCAAUACAUAUGACCUAGAAAUGAUAUCUAGCUAAUAAAAAAUAUUAACUUUCA